AUGUCUGCUCCUACCGGAAAGUUCAUGCUGUGGGUCACCAUCGAGGCCAAGGGUGCUUCCGAGGCUGACAAGAUCGUCGAGCUGCUCAAGAAGGUGGCUGCUCGCGCCAACUCGGACGAGGAGCCCGACUGCCACGGCUACGUUCCUGGCCGCAGCCGCGAUGACCCCAACACCAUCAUUGUCUUUGAGCAAUACGAUAACAAGGGGAGCGACGUCGCUACUAGCAAGCACCGUGCCGGUGAGGACUUCCAGGCUCUCAUGGGUCAGGCCAAGGACCUCACCAACAAGGUCGACAUGAAGUUCUUCGACUACGUGUAA